CCUGAUGCCCCUCAGGCUGGGGUUCGUUCAAGUCGAGUGGAAUGACUCGCAACUCGUGAUCCCCGACUCUUUGUAACGCCAGACCUUAAAAGAUGCUUUCUCCCCGCUCAAUAAUCUCUCUUUGCAGCUUGUAGCCGUAGUGUAGUGUUAGAUGCGGCGCUCACAAGCAGUUUCACCCCGCUUUAAAUCUUUAGCAAGCUUGUUAGACUAAAGACGCACAUGACUCCUGGGGGAUAACUGCUAAUUUCACUUUCUAUUUUUUAUUGAACUUCCAGUGACAAUGAGUGCGGCGACAGCUCUACAGAAAAAGAAGAGGAAAGAUUUUAUACCUUAUUUUAUAGGGUUUGUAAUAUUUUUGUAUUGCACGGUUCAUCUCGUAUCAUUUACAGCAGAAACAGCUCGGGAAACUCACUCUGUCAGGGUGCGCCGGGCUCUUGAAAAUGAGACCGAAUGCAUCCCACCACAAUCCUCUGAGUUUCCUGAAGGCUUCUUCACGGUGCAGGAGAGGAAGGAUGGAGGGCUCGUCAUUUAUUUUAUGAUUAUAUUCUAUAUGCUUCUAGCUGUCUCAGUAGUCUGCGACGACUACUUUCUGCCAUCUUUAGAAGUGAUCAGUGAACGUCUUGGGUUGUCUCAGGAUGUAGCAGGAGCCACAUUUAUGGCAGCCGGGAGUUCUGCGCCUGAACUUGUUACAGCUUUUCUUGGCGUUUUUGUGACAAAGGGUGACAUUGGGGUGAGCACCAUUGUGGGAUCGGCCGUCUACAACCUGCUAGGAAUCUGUGCCGCCUGUGGACUCUUGGCCUCCAUGGCGGGGCGCCUCACUUGUUGGCCACUGUUCAGGGACUGCCUGGCAUACGGCAUCAGUGUUGCCGCCGUUAUUGCCAUCAUCUCUGAUAACAAAGUGUACUGGUAUGAUGCUGCCUGUCUGCUGCUGGUCUAUGGCGUCUACAUUGUGGUGCUGUGCUUUGACCUCCGCAUAAGCGAGUUCGUCCUGAGGAAGCUGAGCCCGUGCUGCACCUGUCUGGGUUCGGGCUCUGGCGAUAAGACUGAGACACAGCCUCUGACGGGCUGGAACGACGACACCAGCCUCAGAUUCCACAGUCGCUCCAGAACCGACAGCGGCAUCUUCCAGGACGACUCUGGCUACUCGCACCUGUCGCUCAGCCUCCACGGCCUCAAUGAGAUUCCUGAAGCAGAGCAUAAAAGUGUGUUUGCGGUCCCGGAGAGCGACCUGAAAAGGAUCCUGUGGGUUUUGUCUCUUCCCAUCAUCACUCUGCUGUUCCUGACCGUCCCCGACUGCAGGAGAAGGUUCUGGAAGAAGUGGUUCAUGAUAACUUUCCUCAUGUCCGCUGUCUGGAUCUCAGCUUUCACAUACGUGCUGGUGUGGAUGGUCACUGUUGUCGGUGAGACCCUGGGGAUUCCUGACACGGUAAUGGGACUGACUUUGCUUGCUGCUGGGACCAGUAUACCCGACACCAUAGCCAGUGUGAUGGUGGCCAGAGAAGGGAAAGCUGACAUGGCCAUGUCCAACAUUGUGGGUUCUAACGUCUUUGACAUGCUGUGCCUGGGUCUGCCUUGGUUCAUCAAGACGGCCUUUGUGGACACCAACAACCCGGUGGAGGUCAACAGCACCGGGCUGGUCUUCAUUUCCUCCACGCUGCUCCUUUCAAUCGUCUUCCUUUUCGUAGCCGUGCACAUCAACGGCUGGAAACUGAACUGGAAGCUGGGAAUCGUUUCUCUCGCCUGUUACAUCCUCUUCGCCACUCUGUCCAUCCUGUACGAGCUGGGGAUUAUUGGGAAUAAUCCCAUAAGACUGUGCGGCGACUGAGACCUGACAUUCCCAGGACUGAAGCCAUACUUUCUGAGACUACAAUAGUUCAAGAACUGUUAAGCCCUUUAAAACCUACAAAUGUCUCGGAGCCGUGGUCAAACUCACAUUUUUUUUAACAUGUUAUGCAAAAAAAAAAAAAAGGCGAACACUCGUCACAUCUCAGGAAGAGGAGGAUGUCUGUAAUGUGGAGAAGCACCAAAGAUCAUCCCCUUGCACGUGUCUGCUUCUUCAGAUCCGGAUCAGACUGGCAUCGCAUCUUGAAGGCCCGAUGGAGGCCCCAAACGGAAAAAGCGCCGUCACAGGCGUGACUGCUGUGGUCAUAUAAAUAAAGGUGUCAACUAACUUGACCAUGUGCGUCUUUUAGGUGUAGGUGUAGACUUGAAAGGGUAAUCUUCUGGUCAUAACUGAUAAGUUUUAUGAACAGGAAGUACUAGUGGAAGGAGCAAUAAGAAGUAGUAAAGGAGGAGAAAAAAAAAAAAAAACUUUCCACUCAACUUCGCUACAUUUAAAUGUUUCCUUCAGUUGUGUUUACACAUGAAGUUGUAAAGUUUGCAUGGACUUUAGACACUGACCUACACGUUGAAUGAUGCCUAUAUAAUCGACAGUGGUAAUGCCCAUUAAAAAGUUAUGUGGUUUA